AUGGAACCCAAUUCCUCAAAUGCGUCUUCGUUUUGGUAUGCACGGAGCGAUUCAGUUUUCAUUGACAUGGAAAUGAUCUCUCUAGGCGGCAAGGAGUACCUUGUGAAAACUCGCCUCGGUUCGGGUUCUGUUUUUGUGUUUGGAGACCAAGAUAAGCCGGCUCUUGUAACCUAUCCUGAUUUAGCUCUAAAUCAUAUCUCAUGUUUUCAAGGCUUGUUCUUUUGCCCAGAAGCUAGUUCCUUACUCCUGCAUAACUUUUGCAUAUAUCAUAUAAGUCCUCCCGGGCACGAGUUAGGAGCUGUCCCGAUUGGAUCUGAUGACCUUAUUCCUUCGGUUGAUGACUUGGCAGAUCAGAUUGUUGAGGUUCUCAACUUUUUCGGGCUCGGUGCUGUAAUGUGCAUGGGAGUUACAACCGGAGCAUAUAUUCUGACCCUAUUUGCAAUGAAAUACAGACAACGUGUCCUUGGGUUAAUACUCAUUUCACCCCUCUGCAGACUGCUUUCCUGGACAGAAUGGUUGUUGAAUAAGGUUCCUGUCCUAGACCAUUUUAUUUUCUCUCAGGGACUAAAUAAUUACGUGCUUAGAUAGAUAGAUGGAUUUUCG